AUGAACACAACAUCGCAAACACAAAACAAUAAUUUAUCACAGUUUUGGGCUACCGGACAAACAUCAAUUCCCCCCAUCACUUCUCCACUAGGUGUUUCUAAUGUUUUUUAUGGAGCACCAAGUUCACUUAAAGAAUCUGAACAAAACAAUUCACCUCAACAAAACCAACUUUUUCAAGCAUUAUCUUCAACCAGAAUUAAUUCUUCUGAAAAUGUUGAACAACAAAAACAUUUAAAUUCUCUUGCUUCAGAAUCUUCUACUAAUUCUGUUUUUAAUUCUGCUUCUAUACAACAAAACAAUCAACCGAUUGUUUCGAAUAAUUUUUCCGGAAUACAAAAUAACAAUAAUAACGAUAUUUCUGUUAAUUUUCGUUCUCCUCUUUCUGGUAAAUUUUAUUUAAGAAAUUUAAAAAGUUAA